AUGUCAUCUUCACUAUUUAGCGCAGGAGCAGUCAUUAUAAUGUCUGUUCUACUAUUUUACAUGUUCAUUGGAUCAGUACUAGAGAAAUACCACUGCAAAGUAGGUCAUGAAGCCAGUUUAGUCAUUUUAUUUGGAAUGAUGCUUUCUUUCAUAGCCUAUGCAUCAGGACAUCACGAGAUAAAUCACAGUUUAGCAUUCGAUGAGAACUUUUUCUUUUACUUUUGUUUGCCUCCCAUUGUCUUUGCAUCAGGUUAUAACAUGAAAAGAAAGAAGUUCUUUGAAAACUUUGCAAAUAUUUUGAUAUUUGGUCUGUUUGGUACUAUAGUGUAGUUCACAAUAUUCUCAAUUUUCACUUACAUUGUGAUGCAGUUCGAUAUAAUGUGGAAAUACAAUGGAUAGACAGGCCAAUAUGAAUAAUUUGAGUUAUCUAUAAUGGAGAUUUUACUAAUGUGCUCACUACUAUGUUGCACUGAUGUGGUAGCUGCUAUUUCUAUCAUUAAAUACGAGGAAUAACCUAAGUUAUUUAGUUUGGUAUUUGGAGAGGGUAUCACUAAUGAUGCAGUAUGUAUUAUUCUUUUCAAUACUGUAAUGGAAUUUGCUGGUCCAGAUAGUGAAUUCACAGAAACUACGCCUUUGCUGAUUCUAUAUAGUUUCUUGAGAUUGAGUUUCUGGUCUAUAUUUUUCGGAAUAGCCCUAGCAUUCCUUAGCGCUAUCGUUACAAAAUUCUUUAGAUUUUUAACAGUAAAGCCAGUAGUUGAAUGUACCUUGAUUUUUUGUUUUGGGUACCUUUCAUAUUGCAUCGCUGAGCUCUUCCAUUUUUCAGGAAUCAUUUCUCUCCUAGCCUCAGGUAUAUUGAUGUCAAAGUACUCUUGGUACAAUUUGUCCCCAUAAGCUAAACAAGUUACAUCGCUAGCCUUUAACGUGAUAGGUUACGCAAUUGAAGCCUUUGUAUUCGGUUAUCUGGGAUUAACUUUCUUCUCAUAUAUCUAAUUUGAAUGGUCUUGGUAACUAUUUUUCGCAGAAGUCAUUAUUGUUAUUCUUGGAAGAUUUAUGGGAACUAUUGGCAUCAUUAAAACAUUAGAACUUUGCAGAUACAAGUCUGGAAUCAGAUUUAAAGAUCUUGUUUUCAUAUCUUAUGCUGGAACUAUCAGAGGAGCAGUAGCAUUUGGUCUAGUACUAAGAAUUGAUAAGAGUGUGACAAAUAAAUCUGUAAUAGUAACAACAGCUUUAGGUCUAGUAGUCUUCACAACCAUUUUCUUGGGAUCAACUGUCGCUACUGUUUAAUAGUUCUUAUUUGGAAAAGAGUAAGAAGCAGCUGCAGCUCUAAAGAAAGCUGGAUUUGAGCACGAAGCAAAGAAUGUACUAGAAGGGGAAGAUAUCAACCAUAGCCACCACGAAAUAGUUGAACAUCCAAAUUUCGACGAUAUUGCACUUGCGCUUAAAUCUCCAGGAGAGCAGAACCAAAAUGAUCCAGCGAGGAAAAAGAAAGGAAGAUGUGUUGAAUGGGUCAAGAAAUUUGAUGCAGAAAAAUUAAAGCCAUUCUUGAUCUACAAAUAUGAUAGAGACCAACAUAAGAUGGCUAAGAAACUUAAUGAUCUUCUAAUGAACAAAGGAGAGCAAUUAGAAGAAAUUUUUGCGAAAGAAGGCGAAGGGUAAAGAAAGUCUCAACUCUACGAUGUAUUAACUGGAAAAUUAAAGGUUGAUGGGUAAGAUUUUUCUAGUUAGCUGGCAGCAAAUCACAGUGAUAAUGCAACUCCAAGAGACAGGCUAAGAAGUUCAAACAGUAAAAGACCAUUAAUUGAAGACAGGAGAGUUAGUUCAAAUAACCUGCUCACUCCAAAGAAGCAUUGA